UUCUGCACGGGACCACCGCACGGAGAAUCUUCAGGGGCGCAGAAGCAGAAAGAGAUUUCUCAGGGGGUGCAGAUCAGCACUACUUCCCAAAGGAGUGGAAACAGCCGUUCUGCAUAAGAAUCAGGUCAUGGAGUGGAGAAAGGAAUGGACUGGGUCCCCCCUUUUUUCUGAAGGGUGCCUUUCUGCUAGCACAGGAUGUCAAAGCAAGGGCCAUGUAUCAUUUGAGGAGGUGGCCGUGUAUUUCACAGAGGAGGAGUGGGAUUUGCUGGAUCCUGGCCAAAGAGCUCUUUACAGGGAAGUCAUGAUGGAAAAUUAUCGGAGCAUGGCCUCUAUGGAAGGCUCUUGGAUCUGCAAACCUGCCCUCAUUUCCUGGUUGGAAGAUAUGGAUGAGAUAUUUGUCCAAGACUCUGAGGAAGCAAAGAACUCAAAAGAUUCUCUUUCUUGCUGGAAUAAGGAGUCUCCAUUUAUUUCUGCCAAAGAAGACACAACUGUGAGAGAGAAAAAUGUGAAGAGAUUUUCACAGGAAGGCUUUGCUUCAGAAGACACGGCAGAGUCUUUCCUGGGGCUAGUUCCAGAGAUAAUUGUCAUCCUGACAGAUCUGCCUGAGA